UCCAAUAUUUUGACCGACGAAAUGAAACAUCCAAUAAAUUAACGCAAAUUUUGACGAAAAAUACGGAAAAACUUUAAUUGGGAAUGUGAUAAACGGAAACUUUGACUAUCGAUCAAGUGAAAAAUGCAUCAGAGAACUUUGUGCCAUGAAGGAUGGAUCAGCAUUUACGGGUUUUUGAGCACAGCUGGUCCUCCAAUUAUUUUCAGCUCGUACGACAUGUUUUCGGACAAUGAAAACGCUUUUUGGAACCAAUUCCAGUGGCUGACAAUCUUUUAUUUUGUCGUCAAUUCAAUUUUGCGCCUCCGGACCAGUGGAAAUGACUAUCAGAUUUUGUGGCGAGCAGCUCUCCUGGGAUUUGUCUUUUCCACCGGAUUUUACGUGAUGUUGUAUGCGUCAACACAAUUUAAGGCAUUCGGCAUCUACGGAAUGUUUUUGGCGGUCUUCCAUUAUUCCGAGUAUCUGGGAAUCGCAUUUAGUAAUCCGAGUACCUUGAGUGUGGAUUCGUUCAUUUUGAAUCAUUCGCUGCAUUAUCACAUCGCAGCUGUCAGUAGUUGGAUCGAAUUUGGACUUGAAUCGUAUUUUUUCCCACAAAUGAAGGAAUUCUCCAUCAUUUGGAUCAUUGGUGCCCUCAUCUGCUUCAGUGGCGAAGUCCUAAGAAAAGCAGCCAUGAUAACAGCAUCCCAAAGUUUCACGCAUGUCGUUCAAUUCGAAAAGGCACAAACUCAUCGCCUCGUAACAAACGGCGUUUUUUCGCUCGUGCGGCAUCCUUCGUAUCUCGGUUGGUUCAUGUGGAGCAUCGGGACGCAACUGAUUCUCGCAAAUCCAGUUUGUAUCGUCAUUUAUGCGGUGGCGUCGUGGAAAUUCUUCAAUGAUCGCAUCUUCAUGGAGGAAAUUACGUUGCUCAACUUUUUCGGCGAGGAAUAUUAUCAGUAUCAACAAAAAGUGCCUACGGGAUUGCCGUUCAUCAAGGGAUACAAGACAGACUUAUGAGAGACCGCUAGUCAACCCACGGAGGUUUUUACAAUUACUACUUAACUUUAAUUUAUUUAAUUUUGACGCUUAUUUAAUUUUUGGAAGCACACAAAUGUUACUAACACGCGAAUAAACGCACUUUUUGAUUUUCAUUGGAAAAAAAUUGUUUUU